CGGAUGGCGGGUUCUCUGUGCGCGAGUCCCCCGCGCUGAGCCGCCCCCCGCGGAUGGAAGCGCGGGCUCCCCGGGGCCGCCGCUGGGUGCUGCCCACCGCGCUGCUCUGCCUGUACGGCUUCUUCGCCAGCCUGCGGCCCUCCGAGCCCUUCCUCACCCGCUACCUGCUGGGGCCGGACAAGAACCUCACCGAGACCCAGGUUUUCAAUGAAAUUUAUCCAGUAUGGACCUACUCUUAUUUGGUGUUGCUGUUUCCUGUAUUCCUUGCAACAGACUAUCUCAGGUACAAACCUGUAAUCCUUCUCCAGGGACUGAGCCUUAUAGUGACAUGGUUCAUGCUGCUCUACGCCCAAGGAUUGCUAGCUAUUCAGUUCCUCGAGUUCUUCUAUGGAUUGGUGACUGCCACAGAGAUUGCCUAUUAUUCCUACAUCUAUAGCAUUGUGGAUUUGAACUUGUACCAGAAAGUCACCAGCUACUGUCGAAGUGCCACCCUGGUGGGUUACACCGUGGGUUCCAUCUGUGGACAGGUUCUGGUAUCGGUUGCCAGUUGGUCUCUGUUCAGCUUGAAUAUCCUCUCCCUGACCUCUGUGUCUGUGGCUUUUGCCACAGCUUGGUUUCUGCCAAUGCCACAGAAAAGUCUUUUCUUUCACCACGUCUUGAGAAGCCAGGAGGAGAAAGUGGAUAUCUUAAAGGUGCUCAGAGAGCUAUGGCGGGACUUCCUGCAGUGCUAUUCCUCCCGGCCUAUGCUCUGCUGGUCUGUGUGGUGGGCAUUCUCAACUUGUGGCUACUUCCAGGUAAUAAACUACACACAAGGCUUGUGGGAAAUGGUGUUGCCUUCUCAGAGGUUCGAGAUCUAUAAUGGUGGCGUGGAGGCAGUUUCUACACUACUAGGAGCUGUUGCUGUAUUUGCUGUGGGUUACAUAAAAGUAUCCUGGGCUACCUGGGGUGAGGUCGCAUUGGCCCUGUUCUCCCUCCUCAUUGCUGCUGCUGUAUAUGUAAUGGACACUGUUCGUAACAUCUGGCUGUGUUACGCCUCAUAUGUAAUCUUCAGAAUUGUCUACAUGCUGCUCAUCACAAUAGCAACGUUCCAGAUUGCUACCAAUCUAAGCAUGGAGCGGUACGCCCUGGUGUUUGGUAUCAAUACUUUCAUUGCCUUGGCUCUGCAGACUUUGCUCACCUUGAUUGUUGUCGACUCCAGUGGUCUUGGGCUAAACAUAUUCACACAGUUCAUGAUCUACGCUAGUUACUUUGCAGCCAUAUCGCUGGUGUUCUUGGUCAGUGGCAUAUACAGUGUUAUGAAGAAUUACAGAAGACAGGAAGAGAUGCCAAGCAGAUCUACUGCAAGCUCUCCUUAGUGCUGCGAAUGAGGACAUGUUCAGCUGUCAUGUAUGAAGAUGAAGUAUUUAUUAGUGUCUUUGCCACUUGUUUUCCAAGGCAGUCAUCUGAAGUGUAAUUUAUACUAUAUUAGUAGCACACAUCAGAGGGGAAAUUAUUUAAUUAGAUCUUAUGUAAGUAAGAGUAGACAUUCCUUCUCGAAUGCCCUUUUUUAUUGUUCAGUUCCAUGUGUACGAAGGUGCACUAAAGUAUCACAAGUUUGCUCAAAAGGUGAAAGGCUAGUGAAACCUAGGGCUCUGAAGAUCAUCAAUGCAAAUAAGGCAUUUGUAUGUAUAAAUGUUCCCUUUAUCCACCUGUCAGUGUUUGAGCACGAAAAGCCUGGAGCUACUGUAGGUCAAUGUGAGGUUCACUAGCAGAGCUGUAGGGAGGGAGAUCCGGGGCUGGAAUAGCAGAGGGCAUGGUGUAGGUCAGAAUGGAGGUGCAUUGGCUGAGCUAUGUUGUAGCUGGCAUUGUGCCUUACCCAUGCUGUUAUACGCACACUUCUGAGCACUGAAUAUAUUUUAAAUUUUAGGUUUAUAUGUCUGCACGUUUCUUCAUAUCGCUUGUACUGUUUCUACCUGGUCUGCCACCCCGUCUGUCAGAAUAUCAAACGUAGCUUUCCUUGGUUCUCUCCCCUGAAAGCUAAAAUGUGUUCUGGAUUAGCCUUCUGACACCAGUGAGUUGGCUGUUGGCAAAUAUAUUUUGUUCUGGGAAAGUCCAUGCUGAGGCUUGCUUCAAAAAGGCUAUAAUGCUGGAGAGAACCGAAGAAGCUAUCUAUUUGUCCAGAAUACUGGUCUGUGGGAUCGUGGAUGUCCUUUAGGACUCUACUCCUGUGAUGCAAAGGCCACUAACCCUGAAUGCUGUUACUGUAGUGUACUAGUACUGGAAAUGAAGUUGACUGACUGCAGUUACUGCAGUUUUUUCAUUUAAAUACUCAUUUCUUUGGCAUUUUUUCUUUUAAAACACUUGGUGACAUCCUAUUUUGAUCAGAUCUGUCCAUUCUGAAACCCUUCCCCCUUUCUAACAGGACAAGAAAACUCAAUGCAUCCUAAAUCCUGCCUUUGUUCUACAGUUUGGACCACUUGAGACUCGCCUGAGUAAUUUGGAAAAGGAAAUACACAAAUGAUUGCACUGCUGUAUCUAAAUUGGCUCUUUGAGGAGGGUCAGUUCCUAUGCUGUAUGCUUCCUAUCCAGCUGAUUCUACCUUUAUUUAUUUAUUUUUAAAUGCAACUGAGGUUUCACAGGGCGCAAGAUUUUUUUUUUUCCGCUGAGAUCUGCGAUUGUCCAUGGGGGGAUGUUGGGAAGGGAAAUAGUUCCAUGAGAGAAUGCUUUUCUUACAAAGUGAGCCAUAGAAUUGAGUGUAUAAGCUCAUGAUUCUCCGGCUGUCCAGGACCUGAUCCAUCUCAGGUUUGAGUUACUUUAAAGAGCCCAACAAGUAUAGAUGGACCUCAGGCAAAAUCCCAGGAUCUAGACUUUCCCAAACUUCCUGAUGUUUGAAAUCUGGUUUCUUAAUGUUUCCUGGGGCCAUUUUUUGCUGAUGUCUAUUUGUAUGUAACUUAGCUGCCAUAUCCUGAAAAAGAAACUUGAAAGGAACAUUUAAGUGUGUUUUUUAAGAGAACUUCUCAAGCAGUGUUAGAGGGUAGGUUUUAGGCCAGGAGAAAUAGUGAUUAAACAUAAUUUGAUAACUGUUCUUGGAAAACGGAUGGCCAUUUCACAUGCAGCCCCUUGUGAUAUAACCUCAGCCUGGUUGUAGAUGAUACGGGAGCAUGCUGUAAAGAGGAAGCUGAACCUCCGGCUGUGGCUUCAGGGUGGGGAGGUGGGAGAGGAGACAUGGUCAGGGAUAAGGAGGCCGAAGCUGGGGAUGGGGCUGGAGCAGAGCUGAGAGUGGAAGGCCUGGGUGGUGCUCCCUCCCCACCCCUGCGGGGGAUGGUCUGGGCCCCACCAUGCCCUCCCCCCCUCUCCUGAGCAUUUGCCCCACAGUUUGGGGACCACUCUAACAGAGUGAUGUUACUAAUGGAUUGUGGCAAGAUCCGAAUGUCUGUAAUACAGAAGUUAUUGCCAUGUCUGUUUUAAAUAUAUGGUCACUUGACACUGUAUUUAUUUAAACCAAUGAGUGUAGGUAUCUUAAGCCUGGAAGUCCUUUUCAAGUUCUUAUGCUAUGCCAUCACUGUGGUAUCCAAAUGCUGCAGUGAUGGAGUAGUAUAAGAGCCUAGAUGGAGAUUUUGUUGUGGAGGGAGUGAUGUUUGUGGAAGCAAAGGUACAUACAUAUGAAAUAUUGCAAACAAGACAUAAUCAUGGAUAGGACUUUUUUAUUUGGUUUUGUUCUGAUAUUACAGCAAUUUUAUCAAAUAAAGUAUUUUACCAAAUAUUUCCUAAAAUGAUCUGAUCUGUAUUUCAACACCUUGCUUAUCUUGAGCAUUGCUACAGCAAUGGAAAUGGCUUUUUCUAAUAGUUCUUAUGUAAUAGAAAAUGGGGGAGGAGGGGCAUAAUUAAUUAAAAAGGAACCACAGCUACAAAAAUCUUGGUGGAUGGCAGUUAACUAUUUACUGUUCUUGGUAGCUUUGUAGAUGUCAGUAUGGCUUGGCUUGGCUUUUUUGCGAAACCUGAUCCAGUAGAGUAAGGUUUGAGAGAGAAUGUAGGCACUCUAAGAGUAGCUGUUGCUCAUGUGGCCACUAUACAGCAAUAGUUACACAGAAGGACUCUUGCAUCGAUGUAAGUACUGAAGACAUGAGCCACAGGCCUGAGAAUCAAACAGCAAAUAUCCCAGGUAAGAAGUAGAGACCAGCCAUGAAGAGGAAAUACUUUGAAGUAGGAUUUCUGGAUCCACAUCUGAAAAUUAGGUUAGAGGGGUAGGGAGACAAAAAUAGUGCUCUGAUGUCACCACCACUACAUCCACCAGCAAGCAAAAAGGAGUAAUGCUACCACAGUAUUUUCUCUAUAACCAACUCUUAAAGAUAAUUGCUUUGGGAUCUAGAGUAUUUUUAAUUAGCUAUAUGUACUACACCUCCCCCUGCAAGGCUUUACAGAUGCUAUCUCGUUUAAAAAAGUCUCCUCUCUCAUAUUGAAUGUAUGGAAGAGCUGAGCAAACAAGGCAAACUUCCCCUAUACAAGCAAAAUGGUGAAAUUGACAGCACAUACAGUGCCAUUAAAAGCAAGAAAUCUAUAUAAUGUAGAGUAGUAUGCUUUUUAAAAUCAUGUGUGGAUGUUUUGCCCCAAAUUGGUGGUGUCCCUCUAAUUUAGAAAAGGGUUGCUUUGGUCUGGGACUGUGUAUUGAUUUGUUGUAUCCUAGUGCCACGUAGGGCACCAACCAGAUUACUGAGACACCAAACAACACCUACGAAGUGCGCAAAAAAAAAAAAAAAAAAAAAAGAUCCUGGAACACUUAUUGCUCUUGGAAUACACAUGAUAGUGGGCACUAUGUUUGGUAGAAAGUAUAUGCAAGUUUGGGCCAAUAAGAAGGGAAAGGUUGAAACACAUUUUCUAGUACUUCACUUUUACAAAGUGCUUCUCAUCCAAGAUCUUAAAAGUACUUUACAAAGAAGGUCAGUAUCAUUACUCCCACUUUCCAAAGGGGGAAACUCAGGUGCAGAGAUGAAGUGAUGUGCAGGAUUACUCAGCAGGCCAGUGGCAGAACGUAAUUCCUUAUCUUUAAUCUGAAAAUUGAUGACAAUAGUUCACCCUUCUGCCUUACCUGGAUGACUAGAUGAGCUGACUCAGCUGGGUUUCCAGGCAAUCUAAGGGAUUAAAACCUGAUGCUUACAGCUAGAUUAAGCUGUGAUGGUGAAUUAUAAAGGUGAGAUUCACUCAAUGAUGUGUUUCUUCUUGGCACAAGACUCCCAGUGGAAGGCAGUUUGCUAGGCAGGAGGUCAUAAUUGCAGCCAGAAUUAUCCAUUUGUAGAGUGCCCUGGAGAUAGUGAAGCUCCAAAAGUGCAUGGGU